AUUAUGCCCUCUAUCUAAGUGUUAGUCAAAAUUAAACCUAGCUCACUAUUUUGACUACUAAAGUCAGUUUUUCAUUAUUCUUUUYUCAUUAUUUUGCUGUUAUAGAGAUAAAAGUUGGCGCCCUCCAGGCGAUAUAGGGCUAGUCGGGCUAGUAGUAUAGCUACCGGUCAACGUUKUGAGUUAAAUGAUAUCACGUACGUUUACUUCAAGACAGACCGCCGCAACUGCCACGAUUAUGCUUUAAGUUUGGAUAAAAGCUGCUUGUUUAUGGCUUUAAUCUCGCUAUAAACGCAAGAAUAAAGAAACUAUCCGAAGUUUUUUCUUUUGAAUGCAUUUGGAAGACACUGAACUCAGUUAAUAUUGCUUGGAAUCAUGUGAAAAAUUCAAAGAGAAUGAACUCUUCAAUGACCCACCAGAUAUUCUGACUACAAUCCGCUUAUACACGCAAUCAAGUCGACAACCUAGGCUGUUGUUUUGCGUUUGUGACGGUCGUAAAAGGUCGUGUUCAAGSCAACCAAAAGUAUUAUCAAAAAUAGAGCAGGCAGAGGAGUUUCUUGGAUCUCGAGGARAAAGACAGAGAUGCGAGGAUUACGAGAAGAAAGGUGGAAAAUAUGGGUGUUUGUCGCUACCAGUUUGAUGGUUCACACAAAAGCGACCGACUUCAAGUGUAGAUACAAUGAGUUUAAUUGCACGAACUUAUCUUGUAUCCCUAAAAACUGGCGAUGUGACGGAGAACAAGACUGUCUAGAUGGCUCAGACGAACUCCGUUGCCCUUCCAUAACAUGUAAUCCAGACACUCAGUUCAAAUGUACCCAAGGCCUUUGUAUCCCCAGCCGAUGGGUUUGUGAUCAUGAUGAUGAUUGCUCUGAUGGCAGUGAUGAAUCAAGAAGUAAAUGUGCUGUUCGAACAUGUUCUAGUGAUGAAAUGACAUGUGGAAAUGGAAUAUGCGUAACUAAGAGAUGGAUAUGCGACCGUGAAGAUGACUGUGGUGAUAACAGCGAUGAACAAAAUUGUGGGAACAUCUCUUUAGGCAACAAGACAUGCCCUAGUAAUGAGUUUACUUGCAACAAUAAGAAGUGUAUCUCCAGGAGUUGGGUCUGUGAUCAAGAUAAUGACUGUGGYGAUGGAUCUGAUGAACUACAUUGUCCCCCACAUAGCUGUAGAGCAAAUGAGUUUACAUGUGCUAACAAACACUGCAUCCUGAGAGACUGGAGAUGUGACGGGGAUAAUGAUUGCACUGAUAACUCAGAUGAGAUCGGCUGUCCACAUGGAUCUAACUAUUGCAAGAAAACUGAGCAUCAGUGYGACACAGGAGAGUGCAUCCAUAAGAGCUGGGUUUGUGAUGGAGAGAAUGAUUGCAAGAACGGUUCUGAUGARAGACAAUGCACAUCACAGUCAUGUCCCCAUGUCAGUCAAUACACUUGUGAUAAUCGCAGAUGUGUGUCCCUCAACAAAAAAUGUGAUGGCAAAAAUGAUUGUCUGGAUAAUUCAGAUGAAAAAGGAUGUCCUGUCCCAACACCUAGUGUAUGUCCAAAGGAUCAGUUCCAAUGUGGUCAAACCACAAAAUGCAUUGAUUACAGUAAUGUAUGUGACUGGACAAAAGACUGUGAUAAAGGAGAAGAUGAGCCAAGUAGCUGCUAUAUCAAUGAGUGUCUAGAUCAUAAUGGACAGUGUCAUCAUUUCUGUAAUGAUACUAAGAUAGGAUUCACCUGUUCCUGUCGCACUGGAUACAGUAAGGAUCUGCAGGACCCCAAACUCUGCAGAGUUUUAGAUGACAAUGAGUGCAACACUCCAGGAGCUUGCAGCCAGAUUUGUGAGAACACCAAAGGUAGCUUUAAAUGUUCYUGUAUUGAUGGAUAUGUCAAAGAACCCAAUGGAAAGACUUGCAAGGCACUUGGACCUCAAGCCUUCUUGCUUUUCACCAAUCGCCAGGACAUCCGUCGCAUAAUGAUAGACUCUUCAGACUACAAUGAAAUAGUUCCUCGACAACGAGCUGCCAUAGCCCUGGACUAUGACUAUCACACAAGUACAKUAUUCUGGACCGAUGUCAUCAAAGAAAGCAUUCAGUCUGCACCCCUGAACAACGGGUCUGCACAGAAGACGAUCAUCAAUGAGUCACUCCAUACACCAGAUGGAAUUGCCAUUGACUGGUUGAAUAGAAAGAUCUACUGGACUGACACUGGUACAGACUUGAUUGAAGUGGCUGAUAUGGAUGGUAGAAACCGGCUAAAACUUGUGGACAAAGGAUUGAAUGAACCAAGAGCUAUUGUUGUUUAUCCAGCUAUUCGGUAUAUGUUUUGGUCAGAUUGGGGUGUUUCACCCAAGAUAGAAAGAUGUGGCAUGAAUGGCGACCCAAAGACCAGGCUUGCUCUAGUAACUACCAAUAUCCUCUGGCCUAAUGCCCUUACCGUUGACUAUACCAAUGAUAAGAUCAUAUGGGCAGAUGCUAAGGUCCACACCAUAGAAUCAGCAGACCUYGAUGGGACCAACAGAAGAGUGAUUCUCAGUGAGAAUGUCCACCAUCCCUUYUCAAUCACUGUAUUCCAAGACAAGAUGUUUUGGACAGAUUGGGUGAAGGAGUGUAUCUAUGUGGCUAAUAAGUUUACUGGAGAGGACAGGGCAGUGGUACGGGAUGGACUCUUCUCUCCAAUGGAUAUCCACGUAUACCACCAGCAACGACAGCCUAUUAAAAACAAUCAAAAUCCGUGCAGUAAUAACAAUGGUGGAUGCAGUCAUAUCUGUCUGUUGGCUCCAAGACCCAAAACCCACACUUGUCACUGCCCAGCUGGAAUAGACCUGUUGAAUGAUGGCAAAACCUGCAACACUUCAGACGCCUUUCAAUGUUUUUCUGGAACCUGUUUGAAUAAUGGAACAUGUGAUGAUGGCGGAGGGACCAAACUACCUACAUGCAACUGUCCACCAACACAUCAUGGCGAUAAGUGUGAGCAUGCUUUCAUAAAUGGAAAUACAAACCCAACUCCCAAUCAGAGUAAAAAUAAAUCUAGUAUGGAAGAUACAGGAACUACCAUAGGGAUAGUGAUUGGCAUAGUGCUUUUUAUUCUCCUUUUAUCUGUGAUAAUAGGCUGCCUUAUCCAUAGGCAAAUACAGAAAAGAUAUCCCAGAUCAAUGACAUUCGAUAACCCAGUAUAUAAAAAGACAACAGAGUCUAAUAGCUCAUUAGACAACAUCUCAAUACCCUUCUCUCGUAAUAACAGACGUGGACCAGGAUUAUUGAGCUCAUUUAGAAAUGAAAUGGAAAUGAAUAGCUGUUAGCGUCAUGCUGGUUUGUCAAUAUCAUUUAUUAUUUCCAUUUGCCAAACUCAGUGCAAAUAACUUCAUCUUUUAAAAAGGUGAAGAUUAUGUACUUAUUGACUGAGUGGGAGGGCUGUAUGGAAAAAUAUUUGGCUCGAGGUGAUACAAAUGAUCGAGAGCCAAAUAUUUUCCCAUACGGCCCCACCUAACUCAGUCAAUAAGCAUUUUAUCAUAUGACCCUCACRAUAAGAAAAAUAAUAAAAUAAAAGAAAGAAAGAAAUAGUAAAUAAAAGYUUACAAAGAGAAAGCGCACGGUUUCGAGCAGGGCCGUAURGAUUCAUACGGCYCUGCUCACGCCUUUUUCCCGAAGGGUUUUCUAAGAGCGCGCGCCUGGGCAGAUACUGGUCAUAUGAUAAAUGUGAAUAUUUACUUGAGUUUGGCAAAUGAAAAGCUUUUCCUAAUGUACAGAGAGGAUUAUUAAUAUUAUUAUUACAAAGUUUAUCAUCCUAAUUAUCAAAGUCAUCCUGGAGAUGUCAUGUACAGUAUACAGUAUUAUGUGUUAAUUUCAAGAUAUUUAUGAAAAAGGGCUGAUGUCAGUGACGAUGUGACCAUCAGCUCAAGCAACAGGCACCUCAUUUAUCUGUCAAUCAGCUCAUAAUUCAUGAGCUGAACAGAACAUGCCAAGGUGGCUGGAAUUUUGGUUGGCAAUUAUUAAUUUUAAARAUGUUUCAUUCAUCUACAUGAAAUUGAAAAAAAAACUUGUAUUGAAAAGGUUGAAUGGUCAAAGUUAAUCCUGAAGGGUGUUCUGGGUGGUUGAUAUCCUGGGCAUUUGAAGAGUGUUUGCAUAUAGACACAUGCAUUAAAGUAACAACAUUCAUUGUUCCGUAACUUAAAUCUAUGUUCAAGAUCUGUGAAACUGCAAUUAAAUGUAAGCUUUGUUAACUGUUUACCCAGAACAUCCUUUGGUCUUAGCUCCUAUGAAUUAACCUUUUAGACACGACACUUUUUUCAAUUUGUACAGUUGUAUAUAUUGGUACAUACAUUGUUGCUUGUGCUCGUGUUUCCAUCGUCAGUGGAAUGGCUUGAAUGUGCAGGGUAACAUUUAGCAUUCUGAAUAACCAUUGUUUGCCAUAGCAUAUUUACAGUUAAUAGCAUUGAUUAUAUAUGGCUAACUUCACAGCAAUUUAUAUUUUGUCUAAGUAAUGCACAUUUAAAACUAAAUCUGCAGUUUUUUUGUAUUCUUUUGUUUCCUCUGUCCUGGUGACAUAAGGAAUUUGAAGCACUUCUUGCCGUCAUGGUUUAUUUUGUAGCAUGGUAUCACAGCUGGCUUGUGCACUUUUUGGAUCAAAAUCAUGACUUUAUUCGCAUUGGUGUUUGUAAUUUUUUUUAGAGAAAGACAAGUAUUUUUUAUAGCUUGAAAAAAAUAAUUCUCACAAGCUUUAUGGUUUAGUAUUAAGCUAAUUGGUGUUGGUUGGGUUGAUGAGCAGCUUGGUAAAGCCUGACAGUAGCUAACGAAAUCACUAAUUAUAAUUAUAAUUUUCAUAAUGUGCCGCACUUGUUGAUAAUCAUAGUUGUUACCCUGCAAAAGUUAACAUUGUACAAUAUUAUAUUAUAAGAGGAAAUAAUUUUGUUGCUGCCAGUAAGAGCUCAGCUUUUCUGUAGGUGUAACUCUCCUUAAAACAUUACAAUAUAGUGUUUAAUACUUUCUGGGCUUCCUUUGGUGUUGAAGAAAUAGACCCUACUUAUCAAGUCAAAUAUAAAGGAAGCCAAUUCCUAGAAUAUUAAACUGCUGUAUCCUUCCAGAUCACUUAACRUGUAGUUUUCUUCCACAACUUGACAAUAUGCAAUGGACUUAUCUAGUUUGGGAUGAAUACCUUCCCAUUUCAAACUCAUUGGAAAUGCUAUUAUGAUUAAUACCACRAAGAAAAAAGCAACCAUAUGCAAGGAAUAGCGACAAUUUCAAAAACAUAAUUAUCCAAACUAGAUAAGUUCAGCUCAUUGUUAAAAACAUUUUUUAGAUAACUUUACCUGUAAAAAUAAUGAUCUUCACGGCCUGGUUGUCGGAAGGGUGGAUAGUGUUAUCUGAUGAUGGAUAAAUCUAAUCCAGUGGAUAAAUUUACUGGAUAACAGCAUUGACUUAUCUGUUGGAUAAGGAUUUAUCCAUCRGAUAGUACAAUUCACCCUUCGUACAACUGGGCCCUGGUGCCCAAAACCAUGUUAUUACUUCCUGUACAGAACUCAUUAUAUUAAGAGAAAAAGCUUUGCUGAGUGCUGAGAUAACUUGGCUUAUAAGCCUAUUAUAUUUGUAUAUCUUGGAAGAAAAAUUGAUUUUAUAAAGUCAAAAAAUAUUUUACUGCAGCAAAGAAAAGAAUGAGAUUAUUUCUGUCCACAUGUUAUUGUCAUGCAGGGUUUAAAAUAAUGGUCUGUAGAUGGUCAUUAUUACCAUUAUUAUUAUUAUUAUCGUACUUCAUUUCUUGCUCAACUGGUCAAAAAGACCAGCAAGGCAAAGAUUUAAGUGGAUUUAAAUUUCAGUUCUGGCCGGAAAUUGUCUGACGACCAGCCGUUAUUUUAAGCCCUGUUGUGUAAUAUAAUGAUAUAAACACAAAUUGAGCUUGAUCACAAGGACAAAAUAUUUCAAUUUAUUUACUGUUGUGAUACUGAUUUUCUUUUCUUCAGACAUUUAGAUGUACUGUGAGAAAAUCAAUAUAAUAUGGUUAAGUUUUGUUAUGUUUUCACUACCAGUAACAGAGUAGAUCUUGUAUGAUUUAGAAUACAACACGAUGCAUACUAAGUUCUCUUACAUUUCUCUCGCAAUACUUUAUAACACUAUAGUACCCAGACAGCUUUGGUACCACCUGUACAAUCAAAUUUACAUUGCCAGAGAAAUGUUUUGUGAUUUACAGAAACAGAUAAACAGAGUUUAGCCRAAGGUUGCAGGAGACACACAAAUCUGGAGUGCACUUAUCUUAAUAAUAUUAUCCCGUCAGUAAGAAAUCACUUGCACUCUACUUAGAGAUUCUUAAUGUUUUGUGCUGCAAAGUUGACUGUGAACUGCGAGGAACUGACAUUUUAUAAGUGUCUGUUUUGCAUUCUUACAAAAUUCAUGCACAAACUGCUCUGUUAUUGGUAGUCAGUAUUUUAUUAGAUAUGUUAUGUAGUACUAUUAUAUCCUAUAUUACUGACCUUAAUCAUACCAAGGAGAUUUUGAUUGAUGUCCUCAAGCCUAUUGGCCGUUUUGGACUUUAUUGCAAGUCUUAUUGGGUCAGGAGUUUACCUAUAAAACUUAUGACAAAAAAGUACUGAAAUAAGAGAGCCUCUGAAACCCAGGGGAGUUGGCUAAAAGUAUUAUAUUUACUCCCUCCCCCACAGUUGUCAAAUACUUUGGGACAGUCAGGAUUUAUAGAAGAAAAAACAAAAUGAAGAUCCAUGUUUGUGGUACUGUAUUCAAUGGCUYGAUUAAGGUCUUAAUUAAGGAUUAUACAAAUUUAACGAAACACAUAUAAUUAUAUUACUGAUCAAUGUACCUUUCCUAAGUUGCUAUCAGUUACCAUGAAAUUUUGUUCGCGAGAGUAAGUUACAGUGCAACUACUAUAAUGAUGGCCACUUAGACAGUGGGAGCCAAUCAAAUUGUCRAAUAAAAACAAUACAUUCUGACGUUGGGUAGUGGAGCCAAUCAGAAAGCAGCAGAAAAAAUAGGUUUCUGAUUGGCUGGACUUCCCAAAUUUGAAAUACAUUGUCUCCAUUCUACAUUUUAAUUGGUUCUUUUGUCAGUAGUUGCACUGUGAGCUGAACAAAAUCUUCAACAUUUAGGAAAGGUUCCGUUUAUUGCCAUUUCAGUUAUCAAGCUCUGCUUGAUUUUACAAGUCAGAGAAAACUUCAAUAUGUUAUUCAAAUAACUUGGAAACAUUAGACUAAAUUUCAAUCUCAUUAAAGAUUUUGAUCAACUGAGAUAAUGUGAUGGGGAAGUAAGUUACAUAUUUAAAUAUAUUUACCUAAAUUCCUGUAAAAUGUGUGUAUAUAUUAUUAAUAGCAAACAAAUAUGGAAACAAAUUUAUACUGUACAGUUUGAAAAUAUAAAACAGAAAUAAUUCUAGCAAGUGUGUUAA